UAUGACAGCAGAGCGAGGGUGGGGAGCGAGGGGUAAAAUUAACUACGAGCGAAGGAGAGGGAGGGAGAGAGAGAAAGAGAGAGAGAGAGAGACUUCACCGCGGGCGAGCAGGCGGUAGCUGUAAGGUCCGCUAGCAGGGUUUUUCUCUGCGUUUGCUGGUUGACUUGGCUCGCGGCCCGACUGGCGUUUUUGUAAUCAAGGCAUGAUCCGGCACUCCGUGCGUUUCCCUGAGCCGCGUCGGCUGUCUGCCGUUUGGAAGGAAUUCACAUUUCCCUGUUGACAUGCACAAAGCUAUUCCAGCAGAGAUGACGAGCGUGAUGAUGAUGAAGAUGCAGAAAGACGCCGAACUGGACAAAAAGAUUGAAGCUUUACGAAAGAAAAAUGAAGCUCUUAUGAAACGCUAUCAGGAAGUAGAGGAGGAUAAGAAGCGGGCAGAGCAGGAAGGCAUGACAUUACCCAGCAGGAAGGGCAAACCUGAUGAUCUCACCAUCACUUUCAACAAAUCUUCCAAUGAGCAGCGUGUUGUUACUAAGAAGUCAGGGCCGAGAGUGACCAACCCCAAAUCUGAUCAGGAGCAGAAUUCAUGUGAUCCUGGAUCCAGAUCCACCCUCUGUGUUGGGAGAGGAAAGAGAAGACAGCUGCUCAUCACAACACCUGGAAAUAUAAAGGGUAAAAAGGUGUUUGGUGAAAGAAAGGACAGAAACCGUCCUGUUAGUCCAGCGAGGGUGAAAGUCUCUACAGAGGAAGAACAGGAGACACCUUCAUCAACAAAGACAAUCAUAGAAAUACAGGGCACGGAGAUCUCACAACCGCCGGACGUCAACGACAUAAAUGACCUAACAUCCAAAGAAGAUCAGAUGGAGUACCUGCGCUGGAAGAAAGAACGAGAGGAGAUCGACAGAGAACGAGUGGCCCGACACAAAAACGCUAAAGGCCAAUGGAGGAGAGCCUGGGAUGUGGAGAAACCUGAUCUGAUGUUUUCUGACAAAUUUCAUGAAGGACCAGACAGAGACACGCAGAACACAGGGAAUAGAAACGGCAAAAGAGGAAAUCUAAGAUCAGAAGAGUCCAAAGCACAAGAGAAGAAGAGGAAAAGUCUUCCAGUGGUGAGCAGUAAAGCGAAGGGUAAAGAGCGUCUGACCGGCCGAGCCAGACGAUGGGAUGCUAAAGAACAGGAGGAACAUUUAAAGGCUUAUCCAGAGAGCAGUCUAAAGGAGUUCCUGGAGGAACUGGAUGCUCUUUGUUCUUCUGAGGAGAAAAACAUCAAUCCAGAGACUAAAAACCAUGAUGAUGUCCUCAACACAACACCAUGUGUGUCUGAAGUGCCAUUAAACUCGGAAAAAGCCAUCGGUGACGUGACCUCUGACAAGGAGAUCGCAGAUAAGAAGGUUUGUUUUUCAGAAGAGCUUCAUGAUGGAGGUCACGAGAUCUCCAACAGUGACACUACAGAAACCAGCUCACUAAAAUCAUCUUCACAGGUUCAGAGCGACUCCGUACAUGAGGAAAGAAAAACCGCACAAAGACAGAAUGAUAAAGAUAAAGAGAAGAUAGCAAACGAGACCCAGACGAGUGUGGUGAUGAAUGAUCCUUCAGUAGAUAAGAACGUGUGUGAGAAGAAACGCUCAGGAUCAUCUCUGAUAACUGAAGGAAAUAAAGAUGAGUCCAGUAAAGCGUUGUGUUCCACCAGCACUUCAGUAAAUGGAGAAGAUGUUUGUGUACUAACAGAAGCGACUGUGGAGGAGAGCUGCUCUUCAAGAGGAACUGAACUGAAUCUGAAGUCUGAUGAGUCUCAAUAACUGCAGCACCAGUUCUGAUACGGCAAAAGAAAAUGCGAAAGUUUUACAGGUGGGAAAUGAUGUUUGCAUCUUAAGCAAAACGGACACUGAAACCAAAACAAAAAAUGUCAUUAGCCUUUCACAGAGUUUCUUUACUGACGGUACAAAGUUACUAAUAUGAGUUGUUAUGACUUUGUAUGUGAAGUAUAUUUUAUUAUUAAGAAUGAAGCAUUGUAUAUUUUCUUGUAAGCAGAAUGUUGACACAUGGAAACGUCGACUGAAAGUGAGAUUGUGAUUGUUCAGAGAGUUCAUCUGUUUUCUCACAGACACUAUAAUGCACUAAAGCUGCCAAACCCAGAGGUCAGACGUUCUUCAGAUCUUUGCUGAUGGUUUGGUGGAGGAUGUUUAGUAUUAGCUAAAGCACUACAAAGCUACUUGAAUGUUUAACUUAGAUAAGAUAGCAGCAAUAUUAUUUACAGUAACUAACCUGAGAAUGAAAGUCUUAUACAGUACGACUCUUCAACAGAUAUACGUCUAUAAAAUCAAACGUAACCCAACAGAGGACUUUUGGAUGCUGUUAAAGACUGAUAUCUAUAUUUAAUAUUCCCACUCAUAUACACACAUUGGUUAUGGGUUUUUUGAAGGUUGUUUGAAAGUUCACAAGACUGUUAGAGUUUGUUAACUAGCACUUUAUCUUUUUUGAAUGUUAUAUAUGAAGCAUUACCAGAAAACUAAAACACUUUGACAGAAUUCAUUGUUUACAAUUCUUACAGUAACAGACAGGGAAAGUUUUCUUGCUCCAGUAUGUUAAGCUCAUAUACAGUAAGUUACUGCUAUUGUUAUUGUUCACUGUACUGUGUUACAGUAAAUGACGAUUAUACUGAUGAUGUUUCAGUAUUUAUGAGUCCAAAUGAGUUGGACGUUUAUUUGAUGUAGGAAGAUGAAAAGGCACAUGAGGAUUGAUUUUAGGUGACCGAGGUUGAAAUUUGGUCUUUUUUGUUACUUUCACUAAGCAUUUUGUGUUUCUUUGUUUUUGAAAUGAAUGUUAAAAAAUACAUAAUAAAACAAAAAAUAUGAAAUCUUU